AUGUCGCCACCCCUCUUGUCCAAGCCCAAAGAAGGCGAAGUCCUACAACUCUACCUAGCAGUCAGCUCCACAUCAGUCAGCGCGGUCCUAGCUCGAGAAGAUGAAACGCAACAGCUACCUAUUUACUACAUAAGUAAGUCGCUAUUAGAGGCGGAAACCAGGUAUUCCUCCCUCGAAAAACUCGUUUUAGCACUCCUUACUGCAGCCAGAAAACUAAGGCAUUAUUUCGAAACUCACCAAAUAGUGGUGAUGACUAAUUAUCCAAUCAAGUCUGUGAUGCGUAGACCAGAACUAACAGGUCGAAUGGAGGAAUGGACGAUGGCGCUAGGAAGCUUCGACAUCAAAUACCAACCAAGAACGGCGGUGAAAUCGCAGGCCCUAGCAGACUUUGUGGCAGACUUUAGCCCCGACUUGGAGAAAAUAGCAGACGACGAAGUCAAACUCAUCAAUAACGUAGAAGAGGUAUGGACGCUCUUCGUCGACGGUUCGUCUAACUUUCGCGGUGCAGGUCUAGGCGUCGUGCUAAAAUCACCACAAGGGGACAUGAUAGCACAAGCCAUAUGCUGCGAUUUCAAAGCGACAAACAACGAAGCAGAAUACGAGGCCUUAAUCGCCGGAUUGACGCUAGCUGAAGAAUUGGGGGCAAGCGGACUCAACAUAUUUAGCGACUCACAAUUAAUCGUCAACCAGAUCAACGGCGACUAUGAGGCUAAAGACCUGAAAAUGACCUUAUACCUCGAAAAAGCAAAAAAGCUAGCCUCCAAAUUCAAACCCCUCUCCAUCAAACAAGUGCCACGAGACUUGAACACACAAGCCGACGCCCUUGCCAAUCUAGGAUCCGCACUCAGAAAGUCACCAUUCUCGACCAUACCCCUAGUACACCUAUUGUCACCCGCUAUUGAAAAAGACAUACCACAAGAUGCCAGCCUCGUCCUAUCAGCCACAAACACAGACAGCUGGACCAAGCCCAUCCUCGACUACCUAACACACGAAACCCUACCCGACGACAAGCUCGAGGCCAGGAAGAUACUUUUCAAAGCGUCACGAUAUGUUAUUUUGCAGGGUAUACUAUUUAAAAGAUCAGCGAACGGAAUGUUGAUGCGAUGCGCAGAAAAAACAGAAUGGGAAAAAUUACAAAAGCAAUACCACGAAGGAGAAUGCGGCGGACAUGAAGGAGGACGAAGCCUGUCAACCAGAAUCAAAAGAAACGGAUACUAUUGGCCAACAAUGCUCAAAGACGCAAUGAGGUACGUAGCUAAGUGCGACAAAUGUCAACGACACGCAGGUAUGACACAUAAACCAUCUGAAUUCUUACACCCCACCUUAACUCCGUGGCCUUUCAUGAAAUGGGGGAUGGACAUCGUCGGUAAACUACCCGUCGCCCCAGAACAAAAGGUCUUCAUGCUAGCUCUAACAGAUUAUUUUUCUAAGUGGAUAGAAGCAGAUUCGGAGUGCCAUCAGAAAUCAUAUGCGACAACGGAUCCCAAUUCAUCAGCGACAAGACUAGGGCUUUCUGCAAGACGUGGAACAUCGAGCUAA